GGAGGUAAAGCAACACAGAAUCAAAAUGUUCAGCUUUUUACAUCACAGAACAAAAAUUACGACUAUUGACUACAUAUCUGGAAUAGGUGUAGUUCUGUUAAUCCUGAUUCACGACAGGUACUUUAUUUGUCGCCGUGGAAUAUGGUACGAACUGAUACCGUCAGCUUAUCCUGAGCAGUUUACCAGUCAGACACAUCAACCCCGAAGACAAAUGCCGUGUAUCAUGUCAAAGGCGGACACAGAGAAACAACGAAUACGAGAGAAACUAGAGAGGAGUGUAAAAGCAGUCGAGCAGGCAUACAGAGAGGCGCAGUUGUUAGAGGAGGCGGAGUGGGAUACUGACUCAGAUGAGGAAUAUACAUCUGAAGAAGAGGAGGAGGAGCCAAUCUACUGGGAGUUUGUAAAACACCUUGCUAAGGACGACACUGACGAGAGGAUAAGACAGGACAUUGAACAGGAGGAGAAUUAUAUGAUAGCACGUUUCGAUUUUCAUUAGGCAGUUUUUUGUUGUUGUUUUUUUUUUCUUUCUUUUUCUAAAUAUUGAACAAAUAAAUUUCUUUUGUUUGAAUACAUUGAUUCAUUUUGUUAAUCCUAGUGUUCGUACACUAAUAAUAUGUACACAAUUGAUGAUACAGUAUAAAACCAGAGUUUAAAAUAUAACUGGAUAAGAAAAGCAGCCGGUAAUAGUGGAAUCGUAGAAUGUAUUAACCCAUUAACCCCUGACCUUUGAAACCUCUCUUUCUGUCCAGAAUUCCUUAAUGAAAGGAAGUCAUCCAGCUGGACUUUGGUGAUUAUACCGCCCAUAACAUUUACCGAAUAUUCACAGCAACCAUU